AUGGACAGAGAGUUGUUUUUGGGAAACGACAACGAAGGCGAGAGAGACUUCAACCAUGUUGUUGAUGCUGAAUAUGUCAAGUGGCGAGACCUCGCAAAGGAAAACUACCUGAAGUGUAAGCAGAAGAGCAGAGAGUCUCAGGAGGCCUACCAAAAUGGCGAUGGACAGCUUGCCCACGAGCUUUCUGUGGAGUCCAAGCAGUAUCGUGCUGAGGCUGAGGAAUACGACCAGAAAGCUGCUGAGUAUGUCUUUGUAGCCAACAACGAGGACUCGAGUGAGGACGAGAUCGAUCUUCAUGGGUUGUACGUCAAGGAGGCAGAGAUCUUUGUCAAAAAGAGGUUCAAGUUCUGUAUUCACAACAACAGACCUUACUUGAAUGUCAUUGUUGGUAAGGGUUUGCACUCUAAGAAUGGUAUUGCAAAGUUGAAACCAAGUGUCGAAGAAUGGUGUCGAGAAUAUGGCAUUUCCUGCUCGGUUGAUCCUGACAAUUCUGGAGUCUUGGUUGUUGAUUUAAGUGACACCCACGCCAGCGAUAUAUCCACCCAGGUGUCCCAUGCUUACAAUGCCACUCCUCAAAACUUCCACCAACAACAGCAAAAUGCUGGUGACUCCAAUCAAAAUCAAAAUCAAAAUGAUCAAAACAAUUCAAGCGAGGUUAAUGUUUUUUUGCAAAUCCUCGAAGCUUGUUUCAAGAAACUUUGUUGA